UGGAUUUGGUGUCAACCUAUUCAAAAUCGUCAACGCCAUCUUGGGUUUAUGACUUUCCAGACAGCAACUGUAAUCCAGAUCAGGAGUCGGUUAUCGUUUCCUUGAACAGCACAUUCUAUUUUACCUGGCUCAGACUGCAUGCUAAGGCUGCAG